AUGUUUUCAGGUUUGUGUGAUUUUGCCAAAAUGCAACAUCAUCAGCAGAGGAUGGCAGCUUUAGGGACGGACAAAGAACUCAGCGACUUACUAGACUUCAGCGCGAUGCGAAACAGCGAUUUGAAAACGUUCCCAACAUCAAUGAUGUUUUCUCCUCCGGUUAGCAGUGGGAAAAAUGGACCGACCUCACUGGGAAGUGGGCACUUCUCCGGCUCAACUGUGGAAGACAGACUGAGCUCAGCGUCCUGGGGAAAUGGUAGCCGCAUUACAAAGGUUUAUGUUGAUGGCUCUCAAUACUCUCACGUGGCUGGCCGGGACGUGGGAUCACAUGACGGCAUCUCACCUCCUUACGUGAACUCUAGACUGGCAGGUAAAACAGAAAGAGCAUCGUACUCGUACAGUCGUGACUCAAACCUACACGGGUGCCAUCAGAGCAUCAUGGGGGGUGAGAUGGGAAUGGUGAGUCCCGGGACAGUUUCCCCCACUAAACCAGGCUCUCAGUAUUAUCAGCACUACAGCAGCAACCAGCGGCGAAGACCCAUGCACAGCGACUCUAUGGAGGUCCAGACAAAGAAAGUGCGUAAAGUUCCUCCAGGCCUGCCAUCCUCGGUAUAUGCACCGCCUGCCAGCACUGCAGAUUAUAACCGAGACUCGCCGGGUUAUCCAAGCUCUAAAGCACCGAGUGGCAGCUUCCCCACCUCCUUUUUUAUGCCAGAUGGUCAUCACAGUACAGACCCAUGGAGCUCCUCCAGUGGUAUGAAUCAGGCAGGUUACAGUGGAAUGCUGGGAAAUUCCUCCCAUGGCCCCCAGAGCAGCAGCUACUGUGGCCUGCACCCACACGAGAGACUUAGUUACCCAUCACACUCCUCGGCUGAGAUUAAUCCCAGUCUUCCUCCGAUGUCCACUUUCCAUCGCAACAAUGGCACAAAUCUCUACAGCGCUGCCUCCUGCACAGCGACCACAAAUGGAACAGACAGCGUUAUGGCUAAUCGAGCGCCAAGUGGAGCAGGAAGCAGUUCCCAGACUGGAGAUGCAUUAGGAAAGGCCUUGGCUUCGAUCUACUCUCCUGAUCACACCAACAACAGUUUCUCCUCAAACCCCUCCACUCCAGUGGGAUCUCCACCCUCACUCACAGCUGCAAGUUCAGCUGUUUGGUCCAGAAAUGGUCAAGGAGCCUCAUCCCCAAACUACGAACCUCCAAUUCACUCACUGCAGAAUCGUAUAGAGGAUCGUCUGGAGCGACUGGAUGAUGCGAUUCACGUCCUUCAGAGGCACGCAGUUGGCCACGGUGACCUGCACGGCCUCAUUACGCCAUCACACACGCACACACACUCACAUACACACUCGCACUCACACAACCACAACGGAGCCAUGGGCACCCUGAGCACCAACUACGGCACCAGCCUACUCCCAUCCAACAGACACUCACUCAUGGUGGGAUCUCAUCGUGAGGAGGGAGUAGGGUUGCGUAGUGCUCACUCCAUUGUGCCCAAUCAAGUACCUGUUCCUCAGCUGCCAGUUCAGUCUGCCACCUCACCAGAUCUCAAUCAGCCAGACCCAUACCGGGCACUCUCCAGUGGACUGCAGGGCCAGAGCACAUCUUCAGUGAGCUCAGACAUUAAAUCAGAGGAUGAGGGAGAUGAGAACCUGCAGGACGGCAAAAGUUUGGAUAUCAAAAAGGAGGACGCGGACAGCAAGGAGCUGAAAGCUAUAGAGAGCAACAAUGAUGAUGAGGAUCUGACUCCAGAGCAGAAGAUCGAACGUGAGCGUGAGAGACGGAUGGCAAACAAUGCACGAGAGCGCUUGCGUGUGCGAGACAUCAACGAGGCAUUUAAGGAGCUCGGGCGAAUGGUGCAAUUGCACCUGAAGAGCGAUAAACCGCAGACCAAACUGCUCAUCCUGCACCAGGCCGUCGCUGUCAUUCUCAGUCUCGAACAGCAGGUUCGAGAGAGGAACUUAAACCCGAAAGCAGCAUGUCUAAAAAGGCGAGAGGAGGAGAAAGGGUCCUCAGAUGCCGCACCCCUCUCAAUGGGCGGAGCUCACCACAGCAUGGGCGACGCCUCCAAUCCAAUGGGACAAAUGUAAAAAGCCACACCUCCUCCCUAAAAUGAUCAAAGCUGCCAGAAUUUAUGAAAAUGAUGAGCGACCACUUCCUUUGACGACAUCAUUUCCUCUCCUGAACGUCUGUUAAACAAUCAAAUAUGACCAGAUCAAUCAAUCAGAUUUCUGAUGAGUCACCUUAUUUUAUUCAUUCCUCUCCAUGUUCCCUUAUGUUUCUUUUCUUUUUUUUUAAUUCAUUUUUUUUAUUAUUUUUUUUUAAACAUAAUAAUCUUACAUAUGCAUUGGCUAUUGGGAAAAAAUAUCUUCUCUCCAUUCCCAAUUACAAAAAAAAAAAUGAACAGAAAUUAUUUAUGAACUUUUUUAAUUUCUUUUAUUUUGAAUAUGUGCAAAUGGUUGGGGGAUCCUUCAAACAUAUCAUGAUGUAAGACGUCCGAAAAGAACCGUUCCGGUUUUUACCGGCAAUCUAUUUUUUCCGUACCGUGGACAAAAAAUCCUCUCGCGCUUUUCUCUUGUGCGAGUAGAUUUGUAUUAUGGUUUCUCAAACUAGAGGGAGAAUUAGCCACAACAACAGUGUACAAUUUCACAGAAAGGUGUAAAAACUUGCAAUAACACUCAUUUAAAAAAAAAAAAAAAAAAGUGUACUUCUAGCACAGCGGUUCAAGGAGAUGCCACUGUGUGUUUUAAAAGGCGUGUGAGUACAGUGGGACAUGAAAUGACAUUUUAACCAGCAAACUCCCAGGGGAGAUGGAGAUUUUAAAGAACUUCAAAGGUCAUUCCAGCACAUUAAACAGAUUUUACCUUACAUAAUGGCGACUAUUGCAGAGAAUAUGCUUUGCUUUUAAGAAGUGUAGAUAAUGCUAUAGUGCAGAUUUCAACGCUAAUCUCUCCUUACAUGUCAGAAAAUGGCCACAUCCAUGUGAUCGAACUCACCAAACCGAACCAGUCUUUAUUUGUUGUUGUUAGUUUGUUUUCCUUGUUUUUCAUCUCUCUCUCUCUCUCCCUCUCUCUCCCCCUCUCUCUCUCUCCCUAUUCUCUGUCCUCUCCCCCCUCAUCAUGCCCCCAGCAAAUGCAAUUUUAAACAUGCUACACCUGUACCAACGUGCCUUUUAGAGUUCAUAUCAUCACACAGUGCGAGAAGGACGUUAUCAGAAACAUUUUUUAGGAUGCAAGCUUAGGAAGAAUUGUUAGUCAUUAGGUCUAUGCAGUCAGGUGUUUUACAGCCUGGGAUUUAAAAAAAGUCAAAAGGAAAAAAAACGUAUUUUUUGGAUAAACUGUAUUUAAUGUACUGUAUGCCUAUAUGUAAUUAGAAGGCGUGUCCUGGACACAGUAUCGUGUGUAUGUGUGUGUGUGUGUGUGUAUAUAUAUACACACACAUAUAUAUAUAUAUAUAUAUACGAUUCUUAGUCCUGCCCCGAGUUCACCUUAAACCCCGCUCACCCUUAAAGCUCACAGUUUCCAUUGACACGUCUGUUAUCAAGCGUUGUAUUAUAGCUUAUUACCUGCUUUUUAUGAAUAUUGGCUUGUCCGUGAGCCGCUGUAGUCUUCAGUACAAAUGUGUUGUUGUAUGUGUAAAAAAAUGACUCUUCUUUCUCUUUUUUAAAAAUCUUUAUCUCUUAUUCUUUGUCUGUUUUUGGGUUCUGUUUAAAAAAGAAAAAAAAAUAAAUAAAAAAAAGAAAGAAAGAAAAAGGGGAAAAAACGUGUACAGCCGUAUGAGAUUUAACAGCGGCUCCUGCUUUUUUCUGUGUUUUUUUAUUUUCUUCUCCAAUCAACACGAGGCACUGAAACUGGAAAAAAAUCUAUUAGAAAAUCAAUAUAUAUAAAUGUAGAAAUAUAUACAAUAUAUAAAAAAAUGUUGUUUUCAAAAGGAGAGAUUGAUGCAGAACGGUUUCUGUGUUUCUGGGUUUUUUCCCCGAAGAGCUCUGAUGCAUCAGUGUUCAUUUUAAAAAGAGUGAGACGUGACUUUGUAGUGAUCCGAUGUGUCAUGUGACAGUACGGAAGCCUCUGCAGGACAAAAAGGAUCAGAGCCCAGCUCGCUGGCUGGUUACAGAAACAGACAUUUGUACAUUUUAUGCAACAAAUGCAAACUCAAACCAUUAUUUUGAAAUUGUGUAUGUAAAAGUUAUAUUUUUACAUGUAGACUGUUGUUAUUUUGUGUUUAGAUAAAACAUUGUAUCGGUUUCUCUUUUUCUUUCUUUCUUCCUUUCUUUCUUUCUUUCUUUCUUUCUUUGUUAAAAAGGCGAAAAAGUAACAGUAACUCUGUGUGUUGAAAAAAACGUGUCACAUUUGAAAUCGUAGUACGGUCAAAAAGCUUCAAACAUUGUUUAUAUUGCUGGGAACUUUUUCCCUUUUUUUAUUUAUUUUUUUUUUAAAGAGAACACAAGGUUGGAAAGCAAAGGUAUAUAAUAUUUGUCUCAAUCUUUAUGAUCAUGACAUUGCCAUGUUUAAUUGUACUUUUUUGAAGAGAUGUGUGUAAAUAGUCAGUCAGGGUUUAGGUCAUUUUGGUUACUGCAGACAGCAAAGUAACAUGGUUUUAGAUUCAAACCCAGCAGUUUUAUUUUUUUUGUUUGUUUGUUUUGUUUUCUUCAUGGCCAGGUGUAAUAAUAAAUGACUCUGCUGUCCAUCCAUGUCAGCAAUCAACACAAGUUCAGUCCUUUUUGUAAUGUACUAAAGAACAGAAUAAUUGGCACAAGUCAGUUUAACAUGGUGCUUCAAAGCAGACAUUUGCCCACGAGCUCUUUAAAAUGGCUAAAGAACGACUUUUUUUUGUUUGUUUUGUUAAAAGUCGUAGGUUUCUGGUACAGAACGUUUGUUUUUUAUAUCUUUAGAUUAUUUCGCAGUUAAGACGUGCUUUCAAAGGUGACAUUACUGUAACACUGCAGUGUUUCAUCACGUAAUAGAGACACUACAACAGCACUGAGAAGCAUUGAGCGAGUUUUCAAGGAAAUGUGGGAAGUAAGAAUUCUUUUUUUUUUUUUUUUGCAAGGGCAAUUCUUUAAUACCAGGAAAAAGAUCAAUUGUGCCACAGAUUUUUCAAUUAUUUUCUGAUUGUUUUCUCACUCUCUUUGUUCAUGUUGUGUAUAUAUAUAUUUUUUGUUCAUAUUCAUUUUAUAGCUUGUCAUAAAACACAAGCUGCAACACAGUGUUCUCCACUGACCAUUUACCCACACCUCCCAUCCCAACACACACACAUACACACCAAAAAGCAUCUGUUUUCUAAUUAGAAAAAUAAAGGUGGUGGAGCAGGAGCUUUAGAUUUUUUUUUCCUUUCAGGAAAAAACUUCUGUCACUGCCAAAAGCACUCUGGAAAAAAUGUCAGUAUUUGUAGUUUAAUUACAGUGUAAUAAAAUAUUUUGGUCCAGGGUGAGAUUAAUCACCAUCACUCCAGCUGUAAGAUUUCUGACUGGAAAUAUUCAACACUUUUUAGCCUCCACGCCUAUUUCAAUUCUCCUGAAAAUAACAACAAAUAUUUACAUCAAUACUGAAAACAUAAGCCUAUUUCCAUUUGUCUUCAGUUUUUCUUUUGUUCCAUUGAACAGUGACCCUCGUCAUACGCACAUCUGUGGACGUCUUCCAUGAUGGUUUUCUUUUCAGUUUGAGGUAAAGCUCAUUUCCUGAUUCACUCAAAGACCUUUAAAGUAUCAAAAAGGUGAAAAUAAACAGAAAAUAAAUCACGAACAAGCACAAAAUGAACACAAAUGUAAAUCACAGACAAAAAAACAACCAGUUAAUUGUUACUUUCCCAUUUUUACAUGUUCAUUUCAGAGUAUUAAAGUCAUGUGUAAUUGUAUAAAAAAAAAAAUCGAAAUGUGGCCUUUUUUUAUUCUUGUUACUUGUGAUGCAUUUACAUGAAGAAAAUACAAUAAGCAGAUAUUUCCCAUAAACCAGUGCCUGGCUUUUUGUUAUAAAACCUUUUUUUUUCUAGAGCUCUUUUGCUAUAAAUUAGACUAGCACACCCGAUUAUAAAAGGAGAAAUGAUUACUAAAUUAUACAUAUUUGGCAUUUUUUUUUUUUUUGCAGGGGCAAUCGUUUUAUAUCAGGAAUAUUGACAAAGUAAGGAAAGAGAAGAUAACCAGCCGAAAAGGCAAACUCCGAAGUAUUCCACUUUUAUUGGAAUAAUGUGAAAAGAAAAAAAAAACACAUUUUAUUUUACUAUUUAAUGUUUUGGUUUGUGUUACUCAACAAGACGAAGCUAUAUGGUGUGAAAUCGAGGGGACAAGCGGAUCCAUCGAAAAGCCCGAGCAGUGGUUCAAAAAUAUUUAAAGUAUACAACAGUUACACCUUUUUUCCAAACGUGUGGCUGUGUGCCUCAAGCCUUUUAUUAUCAUUUGUAUGUCCUUUUUUUGUUGUUUUGUUUAUAUUCUUUUUUUAAUGUCUUACUGUUCCUGUUGUUUAUUUUUUUUUUUUUCAAUUUGAAUUCUGUUUAUUAUAUUAUAAUUAUUAUUGUCAUUGUUAUUGUUGUUCCUUGUUUUAAGACUAGUAUCAGUGUGUAAACGGAUUGUGUGCUGGAGUUUUCUCUUCGAGCCAGCUCAUCCUCGGCCAUUUGCCUGUCAGUUUUCAUCUUGUAGUUAAUCAAUGAAGUCAUGUACAUGACCAUUCUGUAGCAAUAAAUGUGCCAUUUUUAUAACCGA